CUAUCUAUCUAUCUAUCUAUUUAUCUACCUAUCUACCUAUCUAUCUAUCUUUCCACAGCAGAUAAAAUUGGAUGCUAAAAACUCAUCCUAGUUUUGUCGACACGAAGGAUUUUGAGCAGGAGAUCAGACAUUAAGCUGUCGCGAGGAAGACGAGUUGAGUGGUUUGCAGAAGAAGGCAUGUUAAGAUGGAGGACACGAAUGAUGAUGAACAGAUGAUAGAGGAAAGUCUAGUGGAUGAAUCUCAAUCCCAAACGAACAACAAACCCAAAUUGGAAAAUGGUCAAUGUGUUCUGGCAAUUCCAAGCUAUUCUCUCAUCAACCCCAGUUUUGAUCUCUCACUAUGCAACUCCACACUGGGGAGGAAAGGCUUCCAGAUCCCGGUCGCAGACAUUGAGGUUCCGCUGAAAACAGCGUUGGAAGUUCCCGCAGUCAGAAGAUUUAUGAUUUUCAACUCAUCUCUUUUCCAUUUCAUCAUGGCACCGUUUCUGUACGUGGUGUUGUGGUGCGCCAUCUUCUCCACCCUCUAUCUGACCCUCAGCAACUACUGGAUCUUGUGUCUGUGUGUCAGCCUGAUCUCCAUCUUCCUCACCACCACGAUCAUGUUUGUUCUCAACCAGAAUAAAAAGGAGAUCAACCUGAACUUGGACGUGCGGCUGAUCCAAGUAAAUGAGACGAUGGUCAAGCACAAGCUGCUGGUCGCCGUGGACGACUGGGUGUACAAUUGCAAAGGAAGCAUGCAGCUGUACUUUGUGUAUUGGGACAUGACUUAUUGUUUGCAAACGCUGACUGAAAUGCUGGAGGAGGACAGUUUAGCGGGCAUUGACAUCUGGAGCAAACUCCAAAAAAAGAUGUCCAAUCUAGUCCUAGUGGCCGAGGUCCCGAGCAGGGACCUCGAUGAAUGUCACUCAGAGGUGGAGCACGGUUCAGAAGAGCAGAGGCUUCUGUUAAAAAAUGAAGACAAAGGCUAUACUUCUUCUUCUAAAGUCACAACUAACUACAGUCUCAUCCCUGAUGCAUCCUUACCCGCCCAGGCUCGUGCCCACCAGUUGUUGAUGACCUACAGCGCCGCCUACGUCAAGCUGCUGGUGUCUAAUAGGCUGUCUGGGACGUCACACCAUGACCUCCAACCACCAAGGAACCACUGCCCUGCUGCACCUCUCUGCCUCUGCCAGUUCAUCCAACUGAAGAUUCUCAAAUAGUACAACAGAAUGGACGCAACCAGUUUCAUCGUCAAAAUUGUAUAAUCUGUUACUUUAAAUGUACUUUUCUUUGUCCAUUCAUCAAGAAGAACGUUUGUGCUCUGUUGUUUCACCCUUUCAGGGAUAGCGGUUACUACAGUGGACAGCUUACAGGGUGUGUGAAAAGGAUUAACCUCAGAGAGCCUCCACUAUCUGUUAUAGGACAUCUAAAAACUAUUAAAUGGGCUUGAAGUCAAAACUUUCAGGUGAUUCCACAUCAACCUCAUUCAAUGAUGCAAAACCGGGACACAAUCCAGAAAGUAGCCAGUAUCACCCUUCAUCCUUUUAUUCAAAUCACAGCCCUGUUAUCUGGGAUGCACUGAACCCCACCUAAAGAAAGUUGGCACUCUAUGAAGGAAACUGAAGAGAGGCAUGGAGCGUGAGGCCAACUUCAACAAUUUCAGACGCUCGCUCUCCUCGGGUGGCUAAAUGACCAUCUGUGAUCCUGUGCGUACAAAGCUGGCUCAGUUUCCAUCUUUUGCCUCCCAGUUCCCAUCCCAUAUCCGAGCAUACUUUCUCCAUUGGCCAGACGUUGGCUUUUCUUGGACAUUUAUUAUUAUUUUUUGUCACUACAAAAACAACAGCAACAGAAAAAAAUCUCCAGCUUGAAUUUCAAAGUGAAAUUCAGGUGGCAUGUAUUGUAUUCUUCUACCGCGGCUUGGCUUUUGAUUGACUUUUGUCGAAAAUCAGCUGGGAUAGCCUCGGGUUCAUAAAAACGGAUAUGAAUUAGAAUAUUUGUUUGGACUGAAAAGAUGCAAGUCCAUCAAAUCGAAUCAGAUAGUUCCAAUUGUUUUAAAUAUUUUUUAAAUGGUUAACACAGCUCUUGAAGUGAAAUGUCCUUUUUAUUGUCAAGAUCUCAUAAAUAUGGCCGUGAGUGUUCGCACGUCACAGAGAGAAGGCAGAAGAUUGAGGGAAGAAAAAAAUUGAACAUGGGGACAGCAGCUUUGCGUAGGCGUGGCCGCUUUAGAGCGCCCCGUUGUUCCGGCAUAAAAAAGCCGUUGAGGCUAUAUUUUUUGUACGAUUCAUCUGGUUCCAUCAUUCGUAAAAUGGAAACUGAAAUGUGUCCUUUCCCGGCAAGCCAUCCAUAGUCCAUCAUCUGGUUUUGCAUCCCAAGCGCACUGACGUACUCUCUCAAUGGCAUUGAGUGACUGCACAACUGUCUUACCACGACAUAAAGAUAAAAACAUCCCUCUUUAAUCCCAAGAAUUAAGCAAAUAUGCACAUAAUAGGGAGACACACUGUAAUAGUGCAUGAGAGCAAGAGGGGAAAAAGACAGGCACAGAAAAACGGGUCAGCUAUAAAUAGCUUUUUAGUUAGAUGUUGAAGAGACACACACACACACACCCAUAAAAAAUGCUCUCCUCCAAAUUGUUUUGUGUCAUGGACCAUAAUUCAUAUAUUUUAUUCAUGACUCAAAAGAGCCCGACUCCUGUGCAACACACCCAUAAAUAAAUAAUCACAAUUUAACAAAAUCGGGUACACUAUGUAUUUACUUGUCAGCCACCCCGUUGGAAAAAAAAAACAGAAUCACAGCUACUUGACAAGGUCAAAUGAAAUCAAAUAAAGAAUAAGCACAUAAA